UUCUGGUUGAACCCUUGUUGAGUUUAUUCUAGGUGUUCAUUAUUGCUGGUUCGUCUGGUUUUUUAGUUUAAUUACAUACGGUGACGUUCUUGCUCUGUGCUUCCAUGUUUGAUAUUCUUCUGGGUUCAAGAAAUUUGAUCAAUUUCUUGUUGCUCUAUAUUUUUUUUUUUCCAGAAACUCUCUGUGCUUUCCAUGUUUGAUAUUGAAGGCAUGUCAUGCUGGUUUACAGGGUUGGAUUUUGAAGCUCUUUCAAGUGAUCAUUAAGUUCAGUUAGUUGAGUGAUUAUAAAAAAUCUCAUGAAUAUAUAGAUUUUGUGAUAGUAGUUUUGUUUGGGUAUCUUGUUGAUUGUACUUAAAUGUCUUCCUCAUUGUCUCUGUUUUGCUGGGUCGUAUGGCUCUUGGUUCUGUUCGAGGACAAUAAGAAAAUAGCAUCAUAUGAUGAGAUACAAAAUUUCAUCAUGACACAAUUUAUUCUGAGGAAAAUGGUAUCUGGGUUAAUAAAUGCAAAUCCAGUCGUCUACGAAAAGAAAGAGCGUCGGGUUCGUAGUGUCCCAAGUGCUGCUGCAGAUGAAUACGCUGUUGAACCCAUUGACCAACAAGAAAUUUUUGAUCAUAUUAGAGAUAUAAAAGACCCGGAACACCCUUACUCUUUGGAAGAGCUCAAAGUAAUUACAGAAGAUGCAAUUGACGUAGAUGAUAGUCGUGGCUCUGUCAGAGUCACAUUUACUCCUACUGUGGAACAUUGUAGUAUGGCAACAGUUAUUGGUCUUUGCUUACGUGUUAAACUCUUGAGGAGCCUGCCUUCUCGUUACAAGGUGGAUAUUAGGGUGGCACCCGGAUCUCAUGCAACUGAAGCUGCUGUUAAUAAGCAACUGAAUGAUAAAGAACGGGUGGCAGCGGCAUUGGAAAACCCAGGCCUUCUGGAUAUGGUUGACGAAUGCCUUUCUCCUUCAUAUGAGUGAAUGAGUCGCGUCAUGCGUGUAAAUGAUGGAGUUAGGUUUGUAAUCUCGAUGAGCAACAUCUGGAAUGACCGGCUGGUCCAGUCAUCAGUAUACUAUCUUUCUCCCAUGUGAUUCAUGCAUCUUGUGGCCGCUUCUGUUUUUAUAAUUUGAGUGGCCAGUUAAAUGGGAUUAUAUGGAUUAAAAGAAAUUAUGUCCUUUGUUUAGAUUUGAGCAUUGUUUUCCUGUCCAAUGAUGUAUUACCACAGCAUAGCAUUAGUUUUUGUGAAUUUACUUUCUCUGCUUUCACCUUUAUGCAAAUUGACAGUUGAGGACAUUAUUUUACUCACCAGGUGACCUAUUGCUAUAGCUAAAACAAUUUCAUUUGUUUGGUUUA